AUGGCUGCAAAGUACAAGAAGACAUGUGCUGAGGAUAUGUGGGAAAGAGCUCCUGGGCAGACCACAACAAAGGCAUGUUUCAUGUUACGACCUCUUGAGGAAAAAGGUUAUAUUAUACCAUUUAAUGAACGAGGUGGCGGAUGUGGUGCAGCAAUGAGAUCCAUGUGUUUAGGUUAUCUGGGGGCUGUUACUGCAGCUUUAUUUACAGCCUAUGCUAUACAGAAGAUACCUCCAAAAAAAUGGGGAGCAGGACUUUUAGAUGAUUUACCCGAAGUUUGGGAAUACAUUGAAAAGGUUGGUCGUGAUGUAGAAGAAAACAACAAAGCUUGGGGCUACUUUAAAAACAUUUGGGAGUCAUAUCUUGAACUAUGGAGUUUAACUAAUGGAGCCAGUGAACCAAAGUUUACAGUGACAUAUAACAUACCUGAACGUGAUGCUUUUUAUAAAUCUGUGAGUUAUGCAGAAUGGGGUGGGUCCAGUGGUCACGAUGCACCAAUAAUUACUUACGAUGCUUUGAUGAUGACAAAAGAUUCCUAG